GCCCCAAUGGGUGCUCAAGCAAGAGAAAGCGAGCAAACUAAACGUAGUUGCUUAUCAGCUUCUUCGAGCUAGCUCCCCAUCUCGGCGCGCGGCGGCGGCCAUGAACUUCGGCGGGCGGCUUCCCGGCGGCGGCGCGGUGCGGUGCAGGUACUGCAGCGCGUCCCUCCCGGUGAUGCCUGGCGCCCGCGCCAUCCAGUGCGCGCAGUGCAACGGCGUGACGCGCGUCGGCGGCCGGCGCCGCCCGGCGGUGCAGCCGCCGAUGAUGCCCGUGGCGGGGGGCGGCUUCUUCCCGCACGCCCGGGGCAGCAAGCGCGCCGUCCUGAUCGGCAUCACGUACGCCGGGAUGCGGCGCGGGCGCGGCCAGCUGAGGGGCCCCGUCAACGACGUCAAGUGCAUGCGGUACCUCCUCUGCGAGCGCUUCGGCUUCCCCAACGACUGCGUCCUCAUCCUCACCGAUGAGGAGAAGGACCCGAGCAGGUUGGCGACGAAGGAGAACAUCCGGAUGGCGAUGCACUGGCUGGUGCAGGGGUGCAGCUACGGCGACUCGCUGGUGUUCCACUUCUCCGGGCUGGGCGCCCAGAUCGCCGACGAGGACGGCGACGAGGUGGACGGGUACGACGAGGCGAUCUGCCCCAUGGACUCGUUCCAGCAGGGCCCCAUCCUGGACGACGAGAUCAACGAGGCCAUCGUCCGCCCGCUGGUGCACGGCGCCAAGCUCCACGCCGUCGUCGACGCCGAGCACAGCUCCACCGUGCUCGACCUCCCCUUCCUCUGCCGCCUCUCCAGGAACGGCAGCUGGCAGUGGCAGGACCACCGCCCGCCCACCGGCGCCUACAAGGGCACCACCGGCGGCCAGGCCGUGCUCUUCAGCGGCUGCAGCGACGGCAAGAACAAGAUGAGCCUGCUGCCUGAGGCCUCGACGGUGGGAGCCAUGACGCACAGCUUCAUCAAGGCCGUGGAGUCCGAGCCGCGCUCCACGUACGGCCGCAUGCUCACCUCCAUGAGGUCCAUCAUGCGCGACGGCGGCGUCAACUGCAACCUGCAGGGCCCCAUCGGCGCCCCCAUCCGCAAGGUCGCCAACUUCAGCGGCGUUCAGGAGCCAAACAUGUCUUGCUCUGAGAUGUUCGACAUCUACCGCAAGCCGUUCCUGCUGUAAAGCUUCUAUAGUACUUAGCUCGCCGCCCUCGAUAAUAGAUGAUCAUAAUUGUGAUGUCAAAUAAAUUAAAAAUCGAUCAAUGGUCGAUGAUAGUACGUCUUAUUAUAUAGCUUUUGUGUUGUGCGAGAAAACUGUGCUGUGUUAAAUGUGUCAGCUGAGACUGGUUCCCUCUCACAGGGUUCUGAACUUCUCGUUGGUUUUCAUCCCUGCAUGGAUUGUAUCUUCCCUGAUCCUCACUGUAAUAAUAAAGUUGUUUUGUGUGUGAUUG